CUUAUUCCACCGGAAGCGAAUGAAUGUUUACAUUUCCGGAUAUUCCAAACUGCAAAUCCUGUUGAACAUUAAACUUUAGGUUCAAAUUUCCACAUUUAAAGAUUUGAUAAUGCCUCGUCAACUGAGUACCUCACUCAGUGAUCUCAUCCUAGCUAUUUCAGCAUUUUAUGUUGCAAACCAGUUAUAUAACCACCAUCUUAAGCCAUCUAUUGGACUAAUUAUCCAAGGAAUAGCAGCCUCUGUUGGCAUCAUUAGAUUCAGUAUGGAAAACCCAGAAGGAUCUCUUAUUUUCAAGGGCCACAAAUUCUUCUCAUGGUUAGCAGCUACAUUUGGCGUUCCGACAAUAGCUUUAGGAUUUUGUGGCAUUUACGGUUCAGCUGUCUUAGCAAACAAGAUAAUAAUAUUUGUUGGCAUUGUUGCAGUAUCAUCCUUAUUCUUACCAACAAAUAUGAGACAGCUGACAACUCAAGCUGUCAGUGGAUUUGCAAUGUUAACAAUCCUCCUGCUGUGUUUUAUGAACAGAAAUUGGUAUGGUCUUAGUGCUGCAGUAUUGUAUGUUGUUUCUGGGUUAAUUGGAGGGUCAGAUGGACAGAUAGGACCAUUUUACAAAGUUGACAUUCUUCAUUACGGUCUUGUUAUUGGAAAUAUUAUGUUUUGGUAUUCAUUUCCAACGGUGGAUCCACCACCUAAUAGCAAUACAAAACAUUAUUUGCAAAAUUUUUGAAGUAAAUAAUUUUAUUGUACAGCCUUAUUUCCAAUUGUUUUUGAUUAUUUUACCAUUAUUUUUGUAACUCAAGCUUUUAUAUACUAAUUGAGAAUGGUAUGCAUUGUAUUAAUACCUAAUCCAAUGAAAAGAAUACUGGGUAAUAUUUUUUUAUCAGAUAUAUAACAUGGAUAUUGAUGCUGAGUUCACUUUUAAGAUUUAGAUUUGAUUUUAUAUAAACUAAUUUUUCUAAAUUUUGGCAAUUCAAGAAGUGAUCUUUAUUAUAUAAUUCAUACUUUUUCAAUAAGAUUUGCAUGUGAUUGAAAAAUUACUAAAUUAGAAUGUGUUUUAUUCAGUAUUUUUGUAAAAAAGUGUGACAUAAUGAUCCUUCAUUCAGUCAUUGGCUGCUUUUAAAUCAACACAUUUAGGACAUUUAGGUUCAAUCUGUAGUUAAUGUUUUUGAAGACAACAACAAUUUUGUCAAAACCAAGGAUUGUAUAGUUAUACAAAUCCUUGUCAAAACUAAAAGAAGUUACAAAAUGUUGACAGAUUUAUUUUUUAUCACAAGAUCAUAUUUUACUGAUGAAAGAACUUAAUAGUUUGCAGUCAUGAUCAACAUUUUAAAGAUGUACAUGUAAGUGUGGAGUAUUUUAGACAUUAAUUACUUUGUAAACCAUGAUAGAAUUUAAAGGAAAUUUGGUAAAAGCUUUUUCAUCACUUACACAAAUCAUGUCUGAAUCUAAAUUUUGUGAUUUUUGAUAUUUUAGUAUUUUUAUACUGAUCAUGAUGGACUUCAUAAAUUGCAGUUACUGUUUGGAUGAAGUAUUUGUUUACAUCAAGAACAAUGUUAUGAAACUUGGUCAGAAGUUUCUUCAAGAUCUAGUAUCCUAUUUUAUUUUCUCCCAUAUUUUACAGAUGAAUUUAGUGUUUUGCAUGCAACAUUACACCUUUAUACUGACAGCAUGGAUUACAGGGAAGACACAUGGUUCUGUUGAACUUGAGCCCUUUAUGAAUUGACUUGUUUUAGAACCGAUAUUUGCAAGUUCAAAAUAGAGGUAUCUAAAGUUCUCAGCCUUAGAUUUUACAACAUUAAACUAAAGCAGUUUCUAUUUUUACAAAUAAUUAGAAAAACUUUAUAAAGAAAAGAAAAUUCUCAGCUUCUAAAGUUUUGUUCUUGUAAAGUUAAAACUUGUCUUUGACAAUCAGGUUGAUGAUGUGAAACUUUAUAAAUUACUUGUAUGUAUUUAAGUAAAGUUUCAGUCCAAAUAAGACGUAUAUAUGAGAUUUAUUCUAGUCAUACAAUUUGCAAUAACAUUUUCAACUCAUUGGAAUCAUAAAAAAAUCAUGUUUG